CUGCAUUUCUCUGCGACGAAGGACUCCCAAAAUUUUCAGGCGACACUUUCAGUUUUUUAGAGUUAAUUUUUCAGGUAAUAACAAAUGGAAUUUGUUAGAGAAGUAGGAGAACUUCGGGGUAACUAGGGUGCAAAAGGGGAAGAGAGUGUGAUAUCCGUAGAACCAAUCAUGAUGGUUGUACCGCCGGAACUGCAGGACUUGCCGAAAACCCUUACGCUGGAGAGCAGUGCCAGUUUAGGCGCGCAUGAGGGCUCCAGUGCUAACCCUUCUCCAUCAUCUAAAGGGUCGUCGUCAGAAAACACUGCCAGUGCAAGUAGCCCCUCGUCGAAAAGUAUGGAGGUGGCCGUAAAUGUACCCCUGGUUGCGGGUUGGGAGAAUAAAACCAUAGGUAGCAGGCUGAGCAAUCUUCGUAAAGCGCCACAUACAUUGAUAGCCGGAUUUAGGUUUAGGGCGAACCUGCAUCAUGAGGUAGCAGAUUGUGCUACCUCCAUUAAAGGGUAUAAGAGACUAGAGGAAGUGGUGAGACAGUAUCACGUUCCUAGAACAGUUUUGUUACGAACUGGCACAAAAAAUGAAAGGGCUUGCAGUGUGUUAGCAACAGGGUGGAUACCCGUAUAUGUAGACCACUUCGACACCGGCCUGAGAUUCCCGUUACCCUGGCUGAUUUUUAACAUUCUGGCUGAGUACGAGCUGGCGUUAACACAGUUGACCCCAAACAGCAUAAAAUUGAUCGUAGGAUUUAUGCUGCUGUGUGCAAGGUUGGAGAUACUUGCGAAGGCCAUUGUGUUCAGGUCGCUCUUUCUAUGCCGGCUGAGUACCACACAGACGAGGUGGUACUACAUUUCUGGGUGGGAAAAAAUGGCAAUCUUUAAGAAUGUGAGGAAUAAGGUGUCUCGUUGGAAGAGACAAUUUAUCUUUGUCCGAGACACGCGAACAGAGAGGGUUAGCACCGAUCUGGCAGCUCGUCUCUCUGAGUGGCGCCCAAGGCACGCGUACAUGAACUACCCCACACUAACCCUGGGCGACCUGGAGCUUAAGGACAGGAUCACUAACCAUGUGAAGGGAGAGGGGUUAGUUGAUUUGGAAGCCCUGGUUACCUCUGACCUGCUCGCUUUGCGUGGAGAGAUGAGUAGCAUGCUCGAGAGACAACGGGAACGAGCUCAGCGCUCACGAGGCAGGGGGACUAGGUCUAGCACAAGGAGGCAAACGCGCUUUGACGAGCUGCCUCCUGCAGCACCCCACAGCUCGUCACAGAGGGAACAAGGGUCCAGCUCGGCUUUACGGCCACAGGCCGAGCGUAGAGUAGAAACCGUUCCUACUGAGGUCCGGAGGCGUGCUCCCAAAGACUCCGAUGCCGAAGAUGAUGUACCAUUGAUUCGGCGCAGAUUGAAUGCUGGGAGUCAACCUGGAGCGGUGCGCUCACUUGAGGCGCCUGCAGUCAAGACGCGCAGCACGGCUAAGGCGCUUCCCUCACCAGCAGCUAGUGGGGGCCCCAGAAUCGCAUACCUAGAGGGCUUUAGCUACACUAAGCCCGAUUGUCAGCUCCCUAUGGCGCUAAGCUACUCUGUAGCUUUAUUUGAGAGCGAGCAAGCAGCUCGUGUACAAAACCGGGAGCUGGCUGACAGCUGCAAGAGGUUGUCCUCAGACAAAGUGAGCUUGGAGGACGAGGUGAACCGAUUGCAGAGCUUAGAGAUGGCCAACAGAGCUGCAUCAGCCGGAAGCCUAGCUGACGAGCUAGCCAACAAGGUCAACCAGCUGCAGGAAGAGCUGGACAAGGUGAAGGCUGAGAAGGAGAGUAGAAUCCAGGCGGCCAUGGAUGAGGUUGUUUGUGCGGUAGAUCGCACGAAGAAAGUUGAAGCUGAAAGAGAUGGCGCGCUGAAUUACCUCGACGCCCUAAGAAGGCGGGUAGCUGUGGCCGACCAGGACCUUGCUCGCGCAGAGGAGUCACUGAAGAAGGCCAAAGAUGCCGUAGCUGUGGCGUCCAUGAACACCACGACUGAAAUUUACAAUGACGUUCGUGGUAAAGUGUUGAAGCACCGGCCAGACUUCCCGAUCAACGAGCUCGCGUUUUUUGAAGGUGAAGAGUUCGAUGCAGAGGGGAAGAGCCUUACUACUCCUUCUGAUACGACGGUGAGGCUCCGUUGGGAGCUAAAUGAAGAUGAUUGCCUAUAUGGCCACCAUCUGUUCUAGAAGAAGGAGAGGAGUUUGAGAACCUGCCGAGGUUCGACUCCUGGGUGGGUGAUGCCCCUGUAGAAGAAGCUGAACCUUCAAGUACUCUUCCCAUGCCUUAGCCCGUCCCUACUGCCAUCUUCGUCCCAGCUCGUGUUGAUGCAUCCGCACCCGUGGACUUAACGGAUGACUAGACCUAGGCUUUUUCUGUUUCUUAUGCUUUUGUAUUUUCAAUAUUUCCUUGUUGGACACAUAUUUUGUAGUUUCGUUGAUACCUCAUGUAAUUAACUUGCAAGGAAUACAAUUGAAACGAAUUU